AUGGCGGCAGACCCGGAAGACGAUAUCUACACGCCGUUACCUCCCAAGUUACCACCAAAGAACAAACGCGAUCAGGAUGAACCAAAACGUUACGUCCUGGAGGAGAGGUCUCCUCCACGGUACCGCAAAGUCAGAGUGGUCCACGACCACCUCGAUGAUGAUGACGCUCAUCCAAAGGUCGAAAGCUCCUCGCCGCCUCGUAGCAAGCGUGACAGCGGCAAGUACGACAUGAGUGGAGCCCGGUUUGACGAUGAGCAUGAGCGGCGUGCCAAAGAAUACGAACGUCGGCGUCCAGUAUCGGACCCUGAGGUCCAAAGGCUACGUGAGGACCUUGAGCGACUCAAGCUCGAGCGUCGCCAUGCCGAGCUUGCUGCGCUGGCCGCCAAAGACAAGGCUGAGCGACUUCAAGCCGACCUCGAGUACGAAAAGCGGCAAAGGUCUCUGGAGAAGCGUGAGAGAGACAUUGCCAAGCGAGAAGACUGGCUAAACCGACAGCGGGACCAACUCAUGGAGGCCCGACCACCACGUGAACGACAAGAGGUUGUCGUUGUCCACAACCCUCCUGCUGGGGCACAAGCCCGUGAUCCCACCCGAUCUGCUUUAGACAGAGCUAGGGAUGACUACCAGCGCGGACAGCAGGCCGGGGAUGCUCGACGAGCUGCCACAGGAGACCGCCAGGCCCGUCGGGAGAGAAUCGUCAUCGUGGACGACGACGAGCAAGACCGCGCUCCGGGACAUCGACGCCGAUAG